AUGGAACGUUACCUCGUGGCAUUUCUAGAUUUUUUAGUUUACGGUAUGAGAAGAGUAGAAUUAAGAAAUAAUGCGAUCGAUGCCAAGGCUCGUUUGAUUAUUCUUGGAGAUUUACGAAGUACAGUACUCGAUGGAAGAUGCUAUUUAUAG